UUUAGAAGGAUUUAUCGUGGAAAACGUGAAUUUAACAAGUGGAUCAACGAAAAAACGUGGACGAGAACCCAAAGAGUUUGAUGCGAAGAGUGAUAGGAGUGUUCGACGUACCAUUGAUAAUGAAUCAUUGGAUCCUAAAGUGGAUUCAAUUCAUAAGGCUUUGUUAAUGGCAAGGAGAACAGCAUUUAAAAGGCACGAUGUGAAUGUAGUUAAAGUGAUAGGACACCUCCUGAAAAAUCAGGAUUACUUUUCUAAAAUGUACGUUCAGUUAACUAACGACCGACAGUUAAAAACGCCGGAAGAAGCAUUUGCGCUGAUUAUCGAAGCACACCUUACUAAGGCUCAGUAUGAAAUAUUUCAUUUUGAUUGCCCUUCGAGAUAUCCGCCUUACAAUGUUAUAGCAGGUGCCAAAAAAACAUGCGCACCUCCUGUUGAAUUCAUCGAAGGGUCAGCCUCGAAGAUAAAAGUGGAAUUGCAAGCUCUGAUGAAUCAUACGGCAUCUAGAAUACUUCAAGUAAUAAGGCAGGAUGUGACAGAUUAUCUAGAUAGUCAUGAUUUAGAUUGCGCCGAAUUGGUUUUAUUGAGUAGUUGGGGAAUGGAUGGAUCCACUGGAUAUUCUCAAUUUAAUCAUUCAUUGCCAGAAGGUAGCAUUGAUGAUUCCGAUGUCUUUGCUGCAACGUUAACUCCCAUCCAAUUAUACGUGCAUAGUGAUGGUAAACAUAUUUUAUGGCAUAAUCCUACACCUCAAAGCAUCAGAUUUUGUCGACCAAUUAUGUUACAGUUUAUUAAAGAAUCUAGAGAAAUCAUCCUGAAAACAAAACAUGAUCUGGAAAAAGAAAUGUGUGAAUUGACACCUUUGAAAAUUGAUCUUCCGGGUGAUAAAUUCGUGUUGAUCGAUUUUAAUUUUGUUUUGAGUAUGAUAGACGGAAAAGUGCUGACAUAUAUUACUGGUUCAUCAUCGAUGCAAAAUUGUCCUAUAUGUGGGGCAACACCUAAUAUAAUGAACUCCAUCGAAAAACUAGAAGAAGGAUUUACUGCCAAUGAAGACACAUUAUACUAUGGAAUAUCUCCACUUCAUGCUUGGAUACGGUUUUUCGAAUGUCUGUUACAUAUUUCAUAUCGGAUGGAGAUCAAACAAUGGAGGGUUACGAAGGAUCUUAAGCUGAAUUAUCUUAAACGAAAAAAGAUGGUUCUGGAAGCAUUGCACAAGGCAUUUGGAUUUAGAGCUGAUCAACCAAGAUCAGGCGGUAAAGGUACGAGUACUACCGGAAACAUUUGUAGGAAAGCAUUUUCUAACCCGGAACUUUUAAGCAGUGUAUUGGGCAUUGAAAAAGAGUUGAUCGAGAGAUUUCGUAAUAUUUUGAUAGCGAUCAACUGCCAAGAAGCCAUUAAUCCUGAAAUAUUUGAUGAAUAUUGCAAAGAUACAUAUAGGUUCUAUUUAGAACACUACGAAUGGUAUAAAAUUCCUGCAACUCUGCAUAAAGUGCUUGCUCAUGCAGGUGAUAUAAUUCUUCAUUCUCCUGCUCCUCUUGGUGUUUUGGCAGAAGAAGCCGCUGAAUGUCAACACAAACAUUUGAAAUUAUUUCGUUCGCAUUUUGCUAGAAAAAGAUCACGAGAAGCAAAUUUAAUGGAUGUAUUUUUAAGGGCAUUGCAUGAGUCGGACCCAUAUUUAAGUUCAAUGUGGGUAAGCAAAAAACAUACCAAGAAAGUUUGCUCUUCAUACCCAACAGUUGUUAGAAGUUUCAUGGUUUUCGAGGAUUCUGAAAGUGAUACAAGUUCUAACAUAAUGAAUGAUCUUAUGGAUGCUGUUGAUGAAGUUGACGAAGAUUUUGAAGAAGAUGUUGUGGACGAAGAUUAGAUUUUUGACAGAUGAAGUGCAUUGAGAUAUAUCUAGUCAUGUAAUAUUUAUUAAGUGUUGGUCAAUAAAUUUUUAAUAAUCAAAUUAAUUGCAUUUUCAUAAACAUUCCUUUGUUUCCUCCCCUUCUGUGAUGGUACAAUGUUCCAGAAAAUCCUAAAACAUCGUAAU